AGAGUCUGGUAGGAAAUUGUACUGUGUUCUCGAGAGAGUUCGAUACCAUCUCCACCACCUCCUCCUUCCUCCCCCCUUUCAGCCAGCCCCUAAAAAACCCAAGCCAUCAUCAUCGUCUCAGAAAUCCCCCAAAGGCGCUGGCACCAUUUCCUAACGCCAAGAACAAGAAGAAGAACUCCCCUGGUUCACGACUCACGACUUCUCCCCGAGCCCGGCGUCACCCGCCGCCGGGCACCCACGCAGCAGGCGAAGGCUGGUCACCCUGCAAAAACUAGCCAAGAUGGUGGAGGGGUACGAAACUGACAAGAACAUUGAGAUAUGGAAGGUGAAGAAGCUGAUCAAGGCACUGGAUGCUGCAAGGGGCAACGGCACGAGCAUGAUCUCCCUCAUCAUGCCGCCGCGUGAUCAGGUGUCCCGGGUGGCCAAGAUGUUGGGCGAUGAGUACGGGACUGCCUCCAACAUCAAGAGCAGAGUCAACCGUCAGUCCGUGUUGGCUGCCAUAACCUCUGCUCAGCAGAGGCUGAAGCUCUACAACCGGGUUCCCCCCAACGGACUGGUGCUCUACACCGGGACCGUCGUCACCGAUGACGGCAAGGAGAAGAAGGUCACCUUCGACUUCGAGCCUUUCAGGCCGAUAAACGCGUCAUUGUAUCUCUGUGAUAACAAGUUCCACACAGAGGCGCUGAAUGAGCUUCUGGAGUCCGAUGACAAGUUCGGCUUCAUUAUCAUGGACGGCAACGGGACGCUCUUUGGCACGCUGAGUGGCAACAGCAGGGAGGUUCUUUACAAGUUCAGUGUGGAUCUCCCUAAGAAGCAUGGCCGAGGAGGGCAGUCUGCCGUCCGCUUCGCCCGGCUGCGCGUGGAGAAGCGGCACAACUACCUGCGCAAGGUGGCCGAGCUGGCCACACAAUUCUUCAUCACCCCUGCCACUAACCAGCCCAAUGUUGUCGGACUCAUCCUGGCUGGUUCUGCUGAUUUCAAGACUGAGCUGGGCAAAUCCGAGAUGUUUGACCAACGCUUGCAGUCCAAGGUUAUCAAGUCAGUUGACGUGUCCUACGGAGGGGAGAGUGGCUUCAACCAAGCCAUCGAGAUGUCUGUCGAGGUCCUGUCUGAAGUCAAGUUUGUUCAAGAGAAGAAGCUGCUUGGGAAGUACUUUGAGGAGAUAGGCCAGGACACUGGAAAAUAUGUCCUUGGUGUGCAGGACACCAUGACAGCCCUGGAGAUGGGCGCGGUGGACACGCUGAUCGUGUGGGAGAACCUCGACGCCAGGCGAUAUGAGCUCAAGAAUUCUGCCACGGGGGAGACGGUGAUAAAGUACCUUAGCAGUGACCAGGAGAUGGACCAGGGCAACUUCGUGGACGAGGCAACAUCUGGGGAACUGGAUGUCGUGGACAGGAUGCUGCUGCUGGAGUGGUUCGCUGAGAACUACCAGCAGUACGGUUGCAGGCUGGAGUUCGUCACCAACAGGUCACAGGAAGGGUCGCAGUUCUGCCGGGGCUUCGGUGGCAUCGGCGGGAUCCUCCGCUACCCAGCAGAUGUUACCGCGUACGACGAUGACGACAUGUCAGAUGAGGAUGUUUAUGAAGAUAUGGAAUAGCAAUCAGCUCAAACUCAACUGAAUCCGGUCCGUGAGGAGCCUGUGCUGGCCCCGACGCUCCGGGACGAGAUAUGUACCCUGAAACAUCCAAACAAUCGGUGCAAGGAAACCAAGACUGCAGGAGCUGGAGAGAAGAGGAACUGAUGAGCAAUUACGAUCUAGAUCUUGUGCAAGGCCAAAGAAAUGGGCAUGAUGAUGGCGUCGACGCUUUGUAGCUAAAGAAUGCUUCUUCCUGCAGUCAGGGAACCAUUAUUCUGUGUACUGCGCGCAGUCAGCAGCUGUUGUCCGCUCAGGUUUAUGCUGCUACUGUAGCUGCUGUGUUUGAUCUACUACUUCCUAAAUAAAGUUGUGUGUGCGCGCGCGUGCGCUACAUUUGAGUUGUCAGGAAAGUUGAAGUUAAAAGACACAUGUAAUUUGGUGAUUAUUUUACAUUUAUAAGUUACGUUAAUGUCGGUGUCGGUGCUAAUGCUGUCCUGCUCCUGCAAACCUGGAACCUGUAUUGGUGAUCUAGCUGGAACCCCGUGGAGACGCUUCUGGACAUUCGAAAACGGUUUUUACCUGAAGAAUGGAAACCAGCGAUCCAUUUUGGUGCUUGAACAUCUUCUUUCGUUAA